GACGCCGUUGGGCAGCAUUCUGCCAACAACGGUAUUUUCCUAAGCAUUGUAGACUGCAGCCAUUUCUUUCAGCGCUCUUAGUUCUGGUUUUGACGGAGGUUUGGGUGGAGGAGUGUCCCUCGUCCGCGAGUCUUAACAACAAGUUCGGUAAACCUCUAGGUUUUCCUCGGCUGGCUCUUCUGCCAGCUGAAUCUCGACGGGAUGGACCCAGCAAGCCGAUACCAAGUGUUGCACAACGAGGACGACUCUUCGGAGGCCUCGACCAGCGAGCAGCAGCAGCAGCAGCCGUGCACUUCAGCCACAGCCCAGGCCAGCACAUCCAGCCAGGAGCAGCAGCAGUGCCAGGCCGAGGGCCAGGCCCAGGCAGCGGGGGGAACGCCGAGGGCUCAGGGAGAGGCGGACGCGCCACCCCCUCCUUAUGCCUCCAUUGACCUGGGAGCGACCGCCGCAACACCGGAGACUAGUUUCCGAGGAGACUUCCCAGUGCCUCCGCCCUACAGCGUCGCCACCUCGCUGCCCACAUACGAUGAAGCAGAGAAGGCCAAAGCAGCCGCCAUGGCUGCCUCCGCAGUGGAGGUGAUGCCACGGGAUGACGAAUUCCCUCCCAGAGAUGACUUCAGCGACGCCGAUCAGCUUCGAGUCGGGAACGACGGGAUCUUCAUGUUGGCGUUUUUCAUGGCCUUCCUGUUCAACUGGAUUGGGUUCUGCUUGUCCUUCUGUCUGACCAACACCAUAGCAGGACGCUAUGGAGCCAUCUGCGGCUUCGGGCUUUCCCUCAUCAAGUGGAUUCUCAUCGUGAGGUUCUCCGACUACUUCACCGGAUACUUCAAUGGCCAGUACUGGCUGUGGUGGAUCUUCCUGUUGCUCGGUCUGUUGCUGUUCUUCAGGGGAUUCGUGAACUACCUAAAAGUCCGCAACAUGUCAGAGAACAUGGCCACCGCUCACAGAACGCGCCUCUUCUUCCUUUACUAAAGGUUUCCACGGCGGCAUCUUUUUUUUGUUUCCAGUGUGAAGUUCCUUCCCUCCCCCCCUCGAAUGACCUGACCGAGGAGCCUUGCAAAGCGAAGAGAGGUGACAGGGAAGGAAAGCAGUAGGGGGAGAAAGUGUUACCAGUCAAUUAAAAAGCAAAAACGCGGCUUCCUCUGAAGUCUCUGCUUCUGAUCCCGGCUCGAAAAAAAAACUUUCCAAAAAAACAAAAAAGAAAGAAAAAGUCUGUCUUUGAUUAGCGGAUCUCUUCCCCGGCUCGAUUGUCUUUCGUUUUCCUUUGAUUCAAAGCCCGACAAACUCAAGUCCAGCUCACGUCUCUUAAGAGCGCCGCUGUUGAGACGCGUGACCUGGAGGAAACUCACACAUUUACUCAGAAAGCACAAUUUCAGCCGAGAUAAAUGUACGUUAUGCAUACGAAUCCUUUUCUAAAUAAUUUGCUGUCAGUGUGUAACCAGUGACAGCAACGUUAACUGACUAUAACCAAAUGACUUUAAAGCAACAUUUGGAAUAUUAUAAUAGAAAACGUUUGAUCUAUAAAUUUCCCUCCAGCUUUGCCACAUUUUUCUCUGACAAAGGAGGAGGACGCAUGACAUAUACACCUUCAUUUCUGCCAUUCCACCGUUUAAAGUUCAGGGCGUUUUUUUUUUUUGAAAAAGUCUUAACUGUGUAUGUAGCAUCUUUUGUUCGACAGUGUGAACAUCUCAGCCUCUUAAAAAGCGCUCAGCCGUGCGUCUACGGGAGGAUCCGUUUACAUAUCACCGACCCCGAUUCUUUUCCUGUUUUCAAACCAAACAGUUCGAACCGCACAGGAAAAAAAAAAGAAAAAGUAAAGAGGAACUGUGCAUUUUUUUGUUUUUUAAUCAUCUCUGAGCCUCAUUUUAAAACCAGGCGCAUUUCUAUGAAACGAUGAAGCUCCCGCUGACCCGCACCUAUGCAGUAAGGAUUUCAAUCCACCCGCGAAACCGUCUCCGUUUGAAUCAAAGAAAAAUGGAGGGGGGGAAACAAACGAAUCCCGCCUUCCUUCCUGAGACAUAGGGUUUUUUCUCUCUGAACGCGUUUCACGUCGUACGCCGAAUUCAUCAGCUGUAAAACUGCUGCUUUUCAUCCGCGAGUCAAAGCAGCGUCUGUAAGCUACCAACGAAAACUCCGCGGAUUUAAAAGACGUUUAAACCGACAAGCAAGCAUUUUUAAAUCCGGGAGAACAAAGAGUCUUAUGCAAUUUACUUUAUCAUCAUGACACAAUUGUUGCGGACGCGAAGUCUGCAGGUUAAGAUAAGAUGCGUACCUUGUAUUUAUUGUCGAUCACAGGUUGAGAUCCGGCUGCAACACUAGGUUCAGUCUGCGUCGUAAAGCAACAAAUUAGGAAACGGAGGCGAAACGCAAUAAAAGCGGGUGAAAGGCGACUGCAUGUUGUGCAUGACUUAGACAAACGUGGGUCUCUCUAGGAUGUCGGCUUUUUACGAUUAGGUUACAAAUUUCUUCCUUUUUCUUUUCACGGAUUGAGAAGCUUUCGGUGACGUGGCGUAGCUUACGUAGUUAUUAUUUCUAUGAUUAUUAUUAUUAUUAUUAUUAGAACAAUAUCAGCAGAUGUUGUGGUUUCUGUUGAGCGUGACGGCGGAAGAAGUCGGGUGUGCGUCAUGAAGGCUGACUGGACAAAGACAAGUUUUAAACAAAAAAAACCACAACAUUUUUGAUUAUUUUUGUCAUCCGGAAAAUGAAAUGUAUAUACCAGCUUAUGCCAAUUCAUAAUAUUUGCACUUUGAGGAACUUAUGUACAGUUUUGAUUUGUGAAUCUGCUGAACUUGAUGUUGGUGGUUUGGAAAAGGCGAAAGUUUAAUCUUAGCCAAUCCGAGUUUUUCGACUGGAAUUCUUAAUCAUCCCAAAUGGAUAAUUUGCACUUUUUAUUUUUUAAAAAAUAUUGUUAUUGUGUGUUGUCUUGUUUCAUCGCUUUUAGCCUAAACUGUGACCGCUUGAGUAUUGCCAAACUUCUUUUCUUUUUUUUUUCUUUCCUCCCCCUCCCCCAAUCUUUUCGGUCAUAUCCCACCAAAAGCCUCUCUCAGCAAUAUCAGCAUCUCUCUGUGAAUUAAAUCUGCUGCAUGAUUUAUCCGCAUUCAAGUGGGGGCGACGAUAGGAUUGAUCAAAUCCCUUUCUUUCUUUGUAAAUAAAUGAAGAGAUAAAAAAAACACAAAAAAAAAAAACACAGACGGCAGCCAAAAUUAUUUUUUGUCCAAAGUACUCCUCCUAACAGUUUCUGGAGCGGUUGUUAUGCAUUUAUUGUAACUGGAAUUAAAAUGACAGAUGACGUCUUGCAAAAAAUGCCAAUAAAGUUCAAAAGCCUGCCACUUAA